AUGAGAGCGUCGGCCGUUUCGAAGAGCGCUGCCGCCGCGCUGAAGACCAAUGGAGGACCAGUGGCCCCGAUCAAGGAGAAGCUUAAAAAUGGCCUAACUGUCGUCGCGCAGGACAACAAUGGUGCUGUUAGUCAGCUGAUCCUCGCCUUCCGCGCCGGCUCUCGCUACCAAUCGGUCACCCAGCAAGGCCUCGUUCAUCAUAUUCGAAACUUUGUCGGGAGAGAUGCUCAAUCCUAUCCGGGUCUUCAGCUUGUCUGGCAAACCGGCGUUGUUGGUGGACAAAUGACCUCCUUCGCCUCCCGUGACAUCUUCGGAGUCCAAAUCUCGGUGCCCCGCGAGGAAUCCGCCUACGCUCUCUCGAUUCUCGGCCACGUGGCAUCGAAACCCGCAUUCAAACCAUGGGAAAUCGAAGAUGUGCUUCCAACGAUUCGUGCGGAUAUUGCUCAUAAAAGUAUCUAUACUCAGCUGUUCGAGGAUCUUCACAAGGCCGCAUUCCGUAAUGAUUCGCUUGCCUAUUCGAUUUAUUCGUCCAAAAAGCAAGUUGGAGCAUUUGGAUCGGAGGAGCUCUCGAAAUUCGCUGCGAAACACUUUGUGACUGGAAAUGGAUGUCUUGUGGGGAUCAAUGUGGAUGGGGAGAUUCUAAAGAGCUAUGGAGAGGAGUCUGGAACGAUUUCAGAGGGACAGUCGGUUCACAAUCAUAUGGAACCGUUCAGGGGAGGAGACUACCGUCGUUUCGCCCGCGGCGACACUGUCCAUAUCAUGAUCUCAGGAGCCGGAUCACCACUCUCCGAACUCAGACAACUCGCCUCUCAAUAUGUAUUCCUCGCCCAUAUCGGCCGUACAUCUCCACUGAAAUUCGCAUCAGUCCCAGGAACAAUGAGUGGUAUGGGAAUGGCUGGACUCCCGUCUAGUUUCGCUGGAUCUGCAUUCCAGGCGCCGUAUGAUGGAACUGGACUCGCUGGCGUCUAUAUGGUUUCCGAUGCUAGCCAUUCGGAUCUCGCUGUCAGAGCUGCCGUCAAGGCAUUGAGACAGACGAAGGUUCAAGAUUUGGAGGGCUGCAAACGUCGUGCCAUCUCCGAGCUUCUCUUCUCCAUGGAAAACUCGACGCAUUUGGCGUAUGAGCACGCUACAAAUGCUCUUUACAAGGGACCAGACGCCUCCACCCUGAUCGCUGAAAUCCAGAAAAUCACCGAUUCGGACAUUGAGAAAUAUGUGAAGUUCACAUUCGAACAUCUCGCCAUCGCCGCCCAUGGCAACCACUUCAAAGUACCGUACUCGGAUGAGAUUCAUCAGAUUGCCUAA